AUGGUCGGCAGAAACAAAGCAGAUAACGACGAUGCCGCUCGUCCGCGGCCAUCGAACCACCAACUCGCAGCCGGCGAAAACAACACACUCCAGCUGCCACCUUCCCACUCGUCUCUCUCAGUGCGGAGCGACUUCGACGAUACUAGCGGCGCCGGAUACAUGACUGCCUCUUCAAGUAGAGUUUCACAAAUCGACAUUGAUGCUCUCACCACCUUGCCUCGUAUCAACCUUGCAUCGAUGCACUCGUCGACACCGCGCAAAUGUGCCAAGAGCCCAUCUUCGGAUUCGAUCAGCGAGGGCUCUAGAAGCAACGACACAUCGCAAGCGAAUAUGGCAUCUCUGAGCUCCAUCACUACCUUUGUACCAAGCAUGGUAUACGGACCUGAGAGCUCAGACGAGGAGGACGACGAUGCGCCAUCCGAUGGCGACAGAAACGGCGCUGGACAGAGUAAUGACUCUCAUUUCGUCCCAAGCUACGACUUUGAUCUGCGUGAUCCACAUGAACGCAUCAUGACUCGCCAGAACGAUGGUGACAACGAUGUACUCGACGAUGCAGCCAACGAGACGGACCAGAAUCAGACGCUCACUGUACGCGAAGCAAGGGAAGGCGACGUAAUCACCGUUAGCCAUUCACACUCGACCAGCAUGAACACGUACAGCGAUUCGAUACCGCAAUCCCGCUCGGCGUCACAAUCCGGAUCGGUCUCUCACAAGGACACGCGACAUCAUUCCUCUUCAUUCCCAAUGAGUCUCUCUUCCUCCUGGCCAUCCCUGGCACUCCCGCCUUCCGCCGUCAAGCUGCAUCGCAAAAGACGCAACAUCCUCGUCCGUCUACUCAAGACGUGGGAGGGUCGUGAACAAGUGUUGCACCUCAGCCACUCGAUUGUACUUCUGUUCUACUCUACCUUGGACCAUCCGGUGCCUCACACCUAUCGUGGAGCAAUCCUGAGGCCAGCUGGUACCGUACUGGCCAUGUCCUUUCCCAAACCGGUCCGGGUGGCGCUCAUGCAGCGUAUCUACACCACAGCCGAAGGAAUUGACAAUUUCCGUCGUGUCGUCCUCAUUGCUCGCUGGCUCACCUCGGCUACCGAAGCGGUCAUGGAGCACUGGCAGCAUCGGCAAAAUCAUAAGAGGCAGACGAGACGAGCUGCAGAAUUGGCUGAGAGGGAACAACUCGAACUCAAGCUUACGGGGGACGAACCGAUGGACGAGAAGUCGGAUCAUGUCGACGGCGGAUUCCGAUGGUUGCAGCCUCCAAGUGUUGCACCGUUUGAUGCCGAGGUCGAUGAGGGAGGAGAGCAGAGCUUCAGUCAAGCUCCAGCGGCCAAAUUGGCCAAGGUGACCGGGAGGGGGGAUGCGACGGCAGUGGUGGGUGCUGAUGUUGCUGAGCAUGAGGCUGGCGACGAGAAGCAGGACACGGAAUCGCGCAGCAAGGAUUCAGAUGCUCCGCCUGCAUCGUCCGUGGCUCGCGCAUUUGCGCGGUUCUGGGCAAGCCUCUGGCAAGUCUCACAUCUGGAAGCGGCAGCAGAGUCGCUAGCGACCGUCGGCGAAGCAUGCGAGACAGCAGCAGUGUUAGCAGGUGGUGGCAUGUUUUGGCGCGCUGUAGGCAUUCAACGUCUUGGCUUGCCCUUCUUGUCGCGUCGUCGCAGACAAGGCAUUGAACGUCUAGGCAUCGUACUUUCGCUUUGUUCGGUUCUUCUGAGCCUGCUGGUGCUGCGAUUGGAACGCAAAGCGCUUGGUUCCGAGCUACGAUCGGCACAUCGAAGGAUCAUCCGCGCCAACGACAAACUCGGAUGGUCGACAGAUCUGGCGGGGUCUACCAUCAACCGUGAUCAGGCAUUAUCCCAUCGGAAACGCGAUCCUUCUGGCAGUGUUUGCAGAUCCAAGGCACGAAGAAGCGGUUGCAAUUCAAACCAAUCAUCGCUCGAGAUGCUCGGUGCCGAUCUGCAAGCUGCAGCACGAGAUCUGGACGAUCAAGAGUUGAACUCUGAUCACCAAGAUUCAUCUUGCAGCCUGUCACGAUCUGAUUCGAGCCUCUCGGAUGCUUGGACGAUCGUUCCAGACCGAGACGACGUUGAUCCUCUCUCGUCUCGCUACCACGCAUCUCGCGCCAAUACCGAACAAGCACGAAGACGCUCACACCGUCCCCCUCAUCACAAGGAUGGACGCGUGAAACCCCUCGAUGUUAAUUCCCUACUCAAGUCCACCGAGCGCUCGUUGGUCCGUGCCGAAUCCGACCUUCGCAAAACGCGACGUCGCAUCCAACUUAAUUUCUGGGAAAAACUAGCCAAUUGGUCCGAAGCCAUCUUCCUCAGCUACGAAGCUGCAAUGCCUCAUGUCGACAAGGAUGGCGUCGAGGGAUGGACUGGGCUGAUAGCCAGUUCGAUUCGCUUGUCGAGUCUGUGGAAGCAGAUCAGCUGGAAUUGA